UAAAGAUCAGUUCAGAAGCCGCUCUUCUUUUCAAGAGAGAAAGAGAAAGGAGAGGAAAGAUGCAGAUUUUCGUGAAAACCCUAACCGGGAAAACCAUCACUCUCGAGGUAGAGAGCAGCGAUACAAUCGACAAUGUCAAGGCUAAGAUCCAAGACAAGGAAGGAAUCCCACCAGACCAGCAGCGAUUGAUCUUCGCUGGAAAGCAGCUUGAAGAUGGCCGAACUUUGGCCGAUUACAACAUCCAGAAAGAAUCAACCCUCCAUCUUGUUUUGAGGCUUAGGGGAGGAAUUAUAGAGCCUUCUCUUAUGGCUUUGGCUCGCAAGUACAAUCAAGACAAGAUGAUCUGCCGCAAGUGUUAUGCUCGUCUGCAUCCAAGGGCGGUAAACUGCCGGAAAAAGAAAUGUGGUCACAGCAAUCAGUUGAGGCCUAAGAAGAAGAUCAAGUAAAUUAAGAUGCAGAGUGCAUUUCGGGUCUUCAAACAUUCAAGUGUUAGAUUUGUUAUUUUAGCUCAUGGUUGCUUUAAAUGUCAGUUUUUGGUUCUAGCAAACACUGUAAGAAGUUUUAUCCAGACCUGUUAAAUUUAGGACUUGCAUUGUUUUUGAAAUGUUGUUGACUUUAUUUCAGUUGAACUUGCUACAUUUCAGAGCGAAUACCUUCUAGCACUUCUUUAA